UGAGUGUGUUAUGUGUGACAGCCGAUCUUCAGAGUUCAGAGAGUAUCUCGUCUCUGACUUGGAGGAAUCGUUCUUCAAGUGAUGGGGUCACAUGUAGAGCUCCUCUUUGGAGUUCUGCAGGACUUGGGAAAUGAGGAGCUGAAGCAUUUCCAUUGGUUCCUGAGGCAUACUGGUGUUGUAGAAGCCUUCCCAGCUAUCCCAAAGAGCCUGCUGGAAGGGGCCAACAGGCAGGACACGGUGGAUCAGAUGGUUCAGGCAUACGGCCUUCCCGGAGCUCUACGGAUCACCGUGGAAGUUCUGAAGAAGAUCAGCAGGAACGAUUUAGUGGAGCAUUUUUCCCAAAGCUGUUCUGAAGUCAACAAUGAUGCUGCUGAUGAUGGAGAGACUUCUGAGAACACCGGAGGUUCUUGCAUUCAACAGGCAGUUCUUCCCCACUUUCUCAACACUGGUGCUCAGGCUGAAGAUUUGUUGGUGCAAAAACCAAAGCCUGCACAACCCAUCAUGGCAUACCAACGCACACUCCAGUCGAACCUCCAGAACAAGUUUAUGUGUGUAACUGAGGGGUCAUCAAAGCCGAAGGAUAAGAAACCUCUGGAUGAUAUCUACACAGAGCUUUACAUCAUAGAUGGCACUGAUGUAGAUGUCAACAGACAGCAUGAGGUCCGGUAUGUAGAGAUAACAUUGAGAAAAACAGGAGAAACUGAGCGAUCAGUUCAGCACAACGACAUUUUUAAACAUGCCUCUGGAGAAAAAACACCAGUAAGAACAGUUCUGACCAGUGGGAUUGCAGGAAUUGGCAAAACAUUCCUUGUACACAAGUUCAUUCUUGACUGGGCUGAAGGACGAGCCAAUCAAGAUGUGCAUCUCACAUUCCCAUUCACCUUCCGUCAGCUGAAUUUACUGAAGGGGAGAAGGUUUCGUUUUGCUGAGCUCAUUCAUGAAUGUAUCAGGGAAACCAGAGAUAUCAGUAAGGAGGCUCUUAAUUAUAUCUUCACAAAACUACAGGCUUCAGGAAAUACCAACUAUGACAAAAGUAAAUUUAAACUUCUGUUUGUUCUUGAUGGACUGGACGAAAGCCGCCUUCAGCUCGACUUUACUAACAAGGAAAAAUGUUCUGUUGAUGAGCCAUUGUUGGUGAAUGAUCUGCUGGCAUACCUCAUCAAGGGGAAACUGCUCCCCUCUGCUCGCCUCUGGAUAACCACACGACCAGCCGCAGCCAGUCAGAUCCCUCUUGACUUUAUUGACAUCUUGACAGAGGUGAGGGGAUUCACUAAUCCACAGAAGGAGGAGUACUUCAAGAAGAGAUUCAGAGAUGAGCAAAUGGCCAACAAAAUCCUCUCCCACAUCAAGACAUCACGGAGCCUCUACAUCAUGUGCCACAUCCCGGUCUUCUGCUGGAUCACUGCUACAGUUCUGAAGCAAAUGUUAGGAGAAGAUGAGAGAAAAGAAAUUCCACAAACUCUGACUGAGAUGUAUUCAAAAUUCCUUGUUUUUCAGAUGAAGCAGACAGCACUAAAGUAUGACACACAGAACAUCAAGAUCAUUCAGUCACUUGCUAAGCUUGCUUUUCACCAGUUGAAGAGAGGUAACCUGAUCUUCUAUGAGACAGACUUGAAGAACAGUGGCAUUAACCUUAGUGAAGCUUCAGUGUACUCAGGAGUGUUCACACAGAUCUUUAAAGAAGAAGAUGGGCUGAACGAAGAUAAGAUGUUUUGCUUUGUGCAUUUGAGUAUUCAUGAGUUCUUGGCAGCUGUUUUUGUGUUCCUCUCACUCUUCAAUGACAAAAAAGAUGUUAUGGCUGAACCACAAACACCUCUCCAACAUCUGCACAUUCUUCUAAGGAAAACAUCUUCAACUGAGGUGUGUAUGAAAGCUGUGGACAAGGCCUUACAGAGUCCAAAUGGACAUCUGGACUUGUUCCUACGCUUCCUCCUGGGCCUUUCAUUGAAGUCAAAUCAGGAACUCUUACAAGGUCUGCUGAAACAAACAUGCAGCAGCACCGAGACCAACCAGAACCUAGUGACGUACAUCAAGAAGAAGAUCAGGGAGAAUCCCUCACCAGAGAGAUGCAUUAACCUCUUCCAUUGUCUGAGUGAAAUGAAGGACUGUUCCCUUGUGGAGGAAAUUCAACAUUACAUAACAACAGGAAGCCUCUCCACAGCCCAUCUUUCGCCUGCUCAGUGGUCAGCCCUGGUCUAUGUGUUAUUGUCAUCCGAAGAAGAGCUGGAAGUGUUUGACCUCAGAAAAUACUCCAGAUCAGAGGAGGUUCUCAUGAGAAUGCUGCCACUGGUCAAAUCUUCAACAAGUGCACUACUGAACCAGUGUGAGCUCUCACACUCCUCUUGUGAAGCUCUGGCCUCAGUUCUCAGCUCCCAGUCCUCCACUCUGAAAGAGCUGGACAUGAGUAACAACAGGCUGCAGGAUUUAGGAGUGAAGCUGCUCUCUGUUGGACUGGAGAGUCCACACUGUAGACUGGAAACUCUAAGGUUGUCCAACUGUGAGGUCUCAGAGGAAGGAUGCGCUUCUUUGUCCUCAGCCCUGAGCUUCAACCUCUCACAUCUAAAAGUGCUGGACCUGAGCUACAGUCAUCCAAGAAACUCAAAAGCGAAGCUGAAAACAAGAAAGGCAUUGGAGCCAAACAAUCAUUUACAUACAAUGCCAAGCUUGCCAACUGAGCAGUGCUGCCACAACGUUGGACAAUAUUGCAGUUUGAAGGAGCUGGAUCUGAGUAACAACAAACUGCAGGAUUCAGGACUGAAGCUGCUCUCUACUGGACUGAAAAGUCCACACUGUAGAUUGGAAACUCUAAGGCUCAGACUCUGUGACCUGUCAGAGAGAAGCUGUGCAUAUCUGUCCCCAUUGCUCAGCUCCAAGUCCUCCAGUCUGAGAACUCUGGACCUGAGUAACAAUGACCUACAGGAUUUAGGAGUGCAGCUGCUGUCUAUUGGAUUGCAAAGUCCAUGCUGUAUACUUGAAACACUUCGGCUGUCCGGCUGCUUGGUCACAGAGGAAGGCUGUGCUUCUUUGGCAUCAGCCCUCAGAUUAAAUCCCUCCCAUCUGAGGGAGCUGGAGCUGACUUAUAAUCACCCAGGAGACCCAGGAGUGAAGCUGCUCACUGCUGGACUUGAGGAUCCACAGUACAGCCUGGAUACUCUCAGUGUUGAUCAUUGUGGAGAGUUCCGGAUGUUGCCUGGGCUAAGAAAAUAUGCCUGUGAACUCACACUAGACCCAAACACAGCAAACAAGGGCAUCCUCCUGUCUGAAGGUGACAGACAGGCGACAAUGGUAAGAGUAAUGCAACUAUACUCUGAUCACCCAGAGAGGUUUGAAUACAGGUACCAGGUUCUAUGUACGAAUGGUCUUACUGGACGCUGCUACUGGGAGGUGGAUUGGAGAGGACCAACUUUUGUAGGAGUGACUUACAGAGGAAUCAGCAGAAAAGGACGGCAGGAUGACUCUCUGCUAGGGUGGAAUGACAAGUCGUGGUGCUUAGACUGCAACAAGAACACUGUUUGGCACAAUGGAAAGGCCACAGUCACACCGUUAUCGCCCUACCAUUCCCCUCACAGAGUAGCAGUGUAUCUGGACUGGCCUGGCGGCACUCUUUCCUUCUACAAAAUCAUGUCUGACACACUGAUCCACCUCCACACCUUCCACUGCACAUUCACUGAACCACUCUAUCCUGCACUGAGGAUUCUUGGCACUUAUUCGUUUGCAUUAUUGCACACCUAUCAGUGACUUUGUCCAGACUAUAAUUUAGAAUGGGAACUAUGUGAGUGCAUAUUGACACAUUUUAUAUAAAGAUAUAUCUUGACUUUUUUUUGUGACACUUUUGUGGAUGCAACAGAUGUAAUUUCAGAAAAGGUACAUUUCAUGUGUGCUUGCACACCCAAAAACUAUAGAAUUUCAACAGAAGAAAGCUAACAAUGACUGAAAAAAAUAUUUAAAUAUGACUGAAUACAAUUAUUAUAUUUCAUAUAUAUACUUCAUGAACGAGCACUUCUUGCUCCUGCUCCUUUGACGGGCUGUGUUCAGGGCCAUUUUUGUUCCCAUGUCUAAAUGGGACAGGAGAGCUCAGGCUACCAAAUCAUUAAUCACCAAAUCAUUCUUGUAAACAACUUCCAAAAAAAUUGCUAACAAUUUUUGAUUUGCAUGUCUUCAUUGCCUGGCAUAUGGCAAUGUCAGGCAUAUGUUUUGCACAUUAUGGUUCUCAGAUUCAUAUCUUAUGUAUGGUUUACUGAUAUGUUGUUAUGUGUCAUGUUAUAUGUCAUUAAUAUGUUGUGUGAUUACGGUACUUUACCUCAGCCUCGUCUGCCUAGUAUGUGAGAUCAGUAUAUAAACAUUUAUCAAACAUUAUGUGGUUUGUAAUACAUAAUGUAGUAGUAAGCAGAUUAAGCAUUUUUAAGUCUCAACUUAUGGAUGUCCACUUGGGGACCUAGUUGUUAAUUAAUAUAUUAAUAAACACUAUCGAUAGCUACAUUAAAGAGUAAGAAAGCACUUAUUAAAUGUAUAUUAUAGGCUACCGUUUAGAAAUGAUACUGACUGCUGUGGAUGUUGGCUUUGAAUGAAUGAAAGUUAUACAAUCCCGCCCCCUAGUGACUAAACAAAAAGGGUGCAGAUUUUAAACUCUGCACCUUCACAAAAUCUGGGCUGAGUUAAGGUGUAAGAGUUCUAAGAAAUUUAAUUGGGCAAAUUGACAAGUUCAAGAAGUUUUUAGUAAGCACUUGAAGUGCUGUUAUGUUAUUUAAUUGCACCUUUUAUUAUCAAUGGAUUUUUAAAUCAGCGAACAUGGAGGUCAUUAUAAAAAAUAAAUUCUUCCUUAAUACUUCCUUACUUUUAGAAUUAUUGAAAACGAUGUUUUUCAUGUGAACACAAGAAAGAAUCACAGUGACGUUGUAGCCAUGUUGAAUAUGUUUAUGUACGUAAUAUUUUGCAUCUUGACUUGCACAAUGUGCAUUCAUUUCAAUUAUCACUUUGGUGUUAAAUUUGACAAGAAUAUGAAAAGAAUCACAUUAUUUGUUCUUCCUUGCAAAGAUGAAUAAGUACCUUUCAUAAACAGCUUAGACUUGGUCUCAGGAUUUAUUAUCUUGAUAUUUUCAAUGACCCUCCUGUUAGAAGACAGUAAUAUGAUGUGAAUUACACUGAUGUCUCAUUGAUGUAUGUGUGUGUGUGUUUUUGUGUUUUGUGUAUUUGUGGUACCCAGUCAUUGUUUCCUACACAGGUAUAUUGUAUCUUAAACUGACCAGUUACUGGUCAAUUAAAUCUUGAAAUAUUUCUGCAAUUUACUAUUAUUUUCUUUUUGUUUUUCUUGUGUUUUUUGUAUGUCUUUUGUGAUAUUCUCUUAUAUUUUGUAACACCAACCUUACUUUGUUAUAUCAUUUCAUAAAAUACAAAUAAACACAACAUUGCAUUAUUCUCUCUCACGUCAUUUAAGCAAUCUGGUGAUGCGGCCCUCUGUUUGCAAUGCUGCUAUUCACCAGCAGAUGGCACUUGGGAGCCAGUAAAGCUUUCUCUCUAUCAACUCUUUAACAUCACAAGCAUAAUUCACAUGUGAAAUGAAGACCACCUCCACUGCCACCACGUCCAACUACAAUAUCACCACUACUAUAGUACUGACACCACUGCUCAGCUACUACUGGUAAAUGAUUCACUGUUAUGUCUUGAGUGAGUAUUUUUGUUUAAAGACUGAACAUUACAGUAAGUAACAUUUCUGUACUGAUGUGCGGGAGUGACUGUGUGGGAAGCUCUGCUCUGAGGUAAUAAAAUCAGUGAGAGUGCUGAACACUAAAUAACAGCUGGAGGUGUUGAACACAUCUCACUGGUGGAAUGUAUCAGUGUCAGUACCAGAGGAUCAGCAGGAUCAGCAAGUUUUUACAGAACCUGAAUCAAGUGUGAUUGCUAUGACGUAAUUACCUUUUUAAAUGGUGUGCAAACACAUACAUUUCAUUUGGUUUAGGAAAUGCAUUUGUACAAUAUAAUAACUUUGGAAAAUACUAUGUAUAUGUGACAGAAGAAAGUAUGGGGAUGUAUUUCCUCCGUUGUUCCAUCUUAGAGAUGUCUGACAUGCCCUGGUGUGCUGCAGGUGACUGUAUGUACUGUUUAUUAUACUGCUCUGUCAGUGUAGACAUUGGCUGGAUAAUGCAAUAACUCCUUCAGAGUAUGUGUGACAAUUAACAAUAAAAUGUCUUAGAACUAUUUUAGCUCAAGAGAUAUCCAUUUGUUG